UGCGUCGAAAAAGCUUGUUUUAUUUAUUUAUUAAAUUUAUAUUCCCCACCCUCCCACUAAUAAGGUGGCUUACAAAUAGUAUAAAUAAAUAAAUAAAAGCCAUCUUUGCAAAUUCCAUCAUUUUCACCAACUACCAUUGUGGGUGGUAUUGAACCUUUCUUCUUUUGAUCUGCAGUUAUAUAUAAGAAGUUGCAUUGCUUUUUUCUUAUCUGGCCCUUGGUCAUCCCAAAAAUGUCUCUGGUUUCGGUUGUACUUUAAAUCCGGAUUAAUGUAUUUGCAUCCAAAACUCAUUAGGAUUUUUAAAAUAUGUAUUCAUACCAAUUUUAAAAUUACAAUUUCAGUGUUUAGGAUAUUUAGGUCUUCCUGGUAUAAGAAACUAAUGUGACAUCAUGUAAAACAAAUUAAUGGUUUAGGAUGGGGCAUUUAAAUUUGUGUGUGCCUUUUUCAUCUGUUCUUUAAAAAGUUAUUUCUGAAUUUUAGAAACAGCAGGGACAUCUCGAAAAAACACAUAAAAACUGAGAUCCUACAUGCACCUAUAGUUCUAUUAAAUUUUAAAUUCUGGUAUUAAUAUUCAGCAUAGGAUUUUUUAAAAAAAUACAUAUUCGCUGCAUUUCAUUUUUGUCAGCAAAAUGACAUUUUUGUUGACAUAAAAAUGUCAGCAAAACAUGGUGGGAUUCUCAAAGUAGUUUCUACCUUUUCGGCUUUAAUUUAACAUCCAGCCGAUAAAAAGUUGGAGAAUUGAAGAGCUUGCUUAAUAUUUGGUGAGAUUUUGAAUGGCCUUAAUAUCAAUACAAUGAGUUUUGUUUUAAUGGAUCGGCAUAGCUUUUUUUAUUGGUUAAAUAAAUAAGAAAAAAUCCGAACAAGAAUCCUUGUAAACAUACAUCUCAAGACCAAAGGUUUUUUUCCCCUCCUAUCUUCACUGCGGGAAAGAAAGGUCGAGAAACUUGGCUGGGUAUUUACUUCCUUCCUCUUAGGGGGUGGGAAUAAGGCGUCAGAAACUGGUAUUUGAUUGGGCUCGAAGCGGUCCAGAGGAACGCUAUUGGUUAGGACAUGUAGCAAGGUGCAGAGAUGGCAACGUGGAGCACAAUGCGUGUAUGCUGGCUAGUGAGCAAAGAUAGAAGCUGUCAGCGAAUUAAACUACCGCAUUUAGAAAUGGUGGUGAUAGGGCGUGGGCCUGACACGGAGAUAACAGACAAGAAGUGCUCACGAAAACAAGUACAACUAAAAGCAGAUUACAACAAAGGGUAUGUCAAGGUUAAACAGAUAGGAGUCAAUCCAACCAGUAUUGAUCUAGUGGAUGUUGGUAAAGAUCAAGAAACAAGACUGAAGCCAGGACAGGUUCUCCAUAUUGUCAAUAAAUUGUAUCCAUACACUGUACAAUUCUUGGAGGAAAUGGGCACAUGUGUUGGUCGGGAAAGCAAGGAACUUGCUGAAAAAAGGCCACACAGUGAACCUGAGAACAAAAAUGUGGAAAGCUUUUCUGGAAAACAAAUAAAAACUGACCAGAUGGAACUGCAAAACUACAAUUUGUAUAACGUGGUGACAGAUGGCAGUUCUGUUUCUUCACUUGAAAGCUCUUCUACCAAAAUGGAAUGUAUGCCAUACUGGGCUCAAGGUCUGAAGGUUUCUAUGCAAAACCCAAACAUGCAGGUUUACAAGGAUGAGCAAGUUGUAGUUAUAAAGGAUAAAUAUCCCAAAGCUCGCUAUCACUGGUUAGUGUUGCCCUGGAAAUCUAUUUCCACUUUAUUUGUAGUAACUCAUGAGCAUCUUGAACUGUUGCAACAUAUGCACAAGGUUGGAGAAAUGAUAAUCCAGCAGUGCGCGGAGAAAGACAGCCUGCACUUCAGAUUAGGCUACCAUGCCAUACCCAGCAUGAGCCAGCUACAUCUUCAUGUCAUUAGCCAAGACUUUGAUUCUGAGUGGUUUAAAACCAAGAAGCAUUGGAAUUCCUUCACAACCAAUUACUUCUUGGACUCUACAGAUGUGAUAGCAGUGAUAAAAAAGAAAGGAAGAAUAACUGUGGAUAAGAAUGCUACCCAACUUCUAACAUUGCCACUGAAGUGCCACAUGUGCAAAAAGCAACUGCCAACUAUCCCUCAGUUAAAAGAACACCUUAAAGAACAUUGGCCAAAAUGACGCAUGGACUGAUUUUAUUUAUGCACGACAGCUUCCUGAAUAUUGGGUAAACUCAGUUCCAAUGUUCAUGUUCAUAUGCAAAUAUUAAUGCUAUUGCCUUAUGAAGUGUGCCAAAACAUUGUCUACCUUAAUGUGACCAAUGGUAUUUGUGGAAGGAAGUGGCUGUUAUGGAUAGGAGGGAUGUGGAAAUGUAAAAGGUUUGUACAAUGAUGUUGUAUUUGUGCUUUUGCAGUGGAACCCUCACCCAAGACAUCUCUCUGCCUUUCGUGCUAAAGAAUUUGUUAUAACUAAUUGGCCAAUUAAAAUGAGCCCUGCUGUUGAAUGAAUCUUUUUGUUAUGUGUUUUAACUUUGAUGUGACGGAAGGUAACUUUGCGCUUACAUUCAGGGUACUAUUCUACAUUUCAAGCUGAACCUUGGCAUUCAUUUUCAAAACUGGCACGGGUAAAAGGU